GGAGUCUGAUCAGCCGAGUCCCCGACCAAACCGGUCCGAUCUUUUCACGCAGCUCGGCUCAAGCUUCACAGCAGCAGCCAGUUGGUAACCAGCCAUCUCCUGACUCUUGGGCUAUUUCAACCAGAGCCCUUCCUUCCCUCAUUUGACCUCAUCCUAUUAAUCUUCCUCGUCUCCUUCUCCCCCCCACACACACACAAGCAUCACUUCAACCAAUCAACCAAUCUAUCUCAAAAAUGGAAUCAGACUAUCAAUUACCAAUCUCCAAACUACAACCACUCCAAGAUCCCUCCAAGACCCCCCUCGUCUUUGUCGCAUGUGGCUCAUUCAGUCCAGUCACCUAUCUCCAUCUGAGGAUGUUCGAGAUGGCCCGUGAUCAUGCGCGAUUCCAUAGCAACUUCCAGGUCGUUGGUGGUUACAUGUCACUCGUUAAUGAUGCUUACAAGAAACCCGGUCUGGCACCCGCCCUCCAUCGUUACGAAAUGUGUCGACUGGCCUGUGAAGAAACUAGUGAUUGGAUCAUGGUCGACCCUUGGGAAGCCAGACAGGCCGAAUACGUUCGAACGGCCACCGUCCUCGACCAUUUCGACUACCAUCUCAACCAAGUCCUUGGUGGUGUAGAAUGUCCAGCCACUGGCGAAAAGAGACAAGUUAGGAUCGUCCUUCUUGCCGGUAGUGAUCUCAUCCAAACCAUGAGUCAACCUGGUCUAUGGUCCGAACAUGACCUACAUCAUAUUCUUGGUCAAUUUGGAUGCUACAUCAUCGAACGAGCCGAGUCGGAAAUAGACGAAAGUCAACUCUCAGAUUCCGUCCACUCCCAAUCCCCACUAGCGAUGUAUCGUAGCCGAAUCUAUUUAGUACCUCAACUAGUUCGGAACGACGUCUCGUCGACCAAGGUUCGACUAUUCGUCCGCAAGGGGAUGUCAGUCGAGUAUCUCGUCCCAGGACCGGUUGUCAAAUACAUCCGUCAACAUGGACUCUACCAAGACGAGCUCGGUCCUUCCUGCUCGACUAUCAGCACCCCAUUCAUUCAAGCCUCCCGCUCCCCCGUCCUCAAGGCGGUCCCUGACUCCAGUCUCCCUGCCUCCUUCAAUCAUACCAGUUCCCUCCAAGUGCCUUCCUUGGCUUCAGUCAACCAAUCGUUGUUGAAAUCUAUCUUGAAUCCUAAAAAGAAGCAGUGAUCCUUGAAUCAUCGUUGUCCAUCAUGUAUCGUCUCUUCUUCUCUUUCUCUCUUCAUCUCACGUUUCCGUGCCCCUUCCCCCCUUGCCAACCUCACUUCAUUGCAUCUUCGUUUCACCCUUCGCUUUGCUCUUCACCCUCGCAUCUGUAUAACUCCGCCAGUUCUUAUCUGUGGCCCAAUGUCUUCUGCUCACUUCCCCCCAAAAAAACAACUUUACUUCCGACAAAAUCAGCUCCAUAAUGAACUAUUCUCGUUCCUGGAAAGAUAUGCAUAUAUUUAUUAAUAUAUAAUAGCUACUGUUCCAUAUAGAGUUCCUCUCUUAUUUUCUUUAAUACUCAAGCAAAUCCAACCUUCUUCAUCUCUGCGUUAUCAUCUCUUUACGACCGUUCCUUCUUCUCUCCUCCUCCUGCUUCUCUUUCUAUCUCCUUCCCAAAGUUAAAUCUCGUUCUUAACACUUGUUUGAUCUUUUCGACCUAAUUUAUGUACUUGAUUAACCAAACUUUUUUACAUUUAUUUAUCUCUGAAGAAAAAGAAACACAUCACA